AUGCAACAACAAACUGAAAACAACCUUUCUUCAUCAAUUCUUCUCGGUGAUUUGAUUGCCAAAUAUCCAAAAGGAGGACCUCUCAUAUUGAACAAGCUUGGUAUUGACUAUUGUUGUGGUGGUCAGAGAAGUUUGAUUAGUGUUGUUCAAGAAUCAUCUUCUGUUAGUAACAUUGAAGAGGAAUGUCUUUCAAUCAUUAAACAAGUACAAGAGAUGGAAAUUCAAUGUUGCCAACAACAAGAAGACAAUAACAACACCUCUACCUCUCUUCAACAAGGAAUGGUUGAUUGGAAAGCUUCCCAACUUGUACAACACAUUAUUCAUCAUCAUCAUGAUUACCUCAGGGAGAAUAUUCCUGUUCUUUCCCAACUCUUACUCAAGAUUUACACUGUUCAUAUGGGAAAGUUAAUUCAACAAGCCAGACAAUCAUCAGGAGAGAAUGAGCAAGAUGUAGCCUCAACUCAUCCUUCUAUUCUAUUGAUGGAGAAGAUGUACAAGAUCUUCCAAAGUCUUGCCACUGAAUUGCUUGUACACUUGGUAAAGGAGGAGAAGGAUGUCUUUCCACUAAUCAUUCAAUAUGAUGAACAACAAGAUAAAAGUAAUCCAUUCUUGAAGAGUAAACUAGCAUCAUUGAUGGAGGAUCAUGAUGAAGCUGGCAAGUUGAUUAAAUUGUUGGCUUCUAUGAGAAAGGAAUUGCCUGACUAUUGCAAAACUGUGGAGAAUACAAAGAGAUUGCUCACCGAGUUGGAAGAAAACUUGUACAUUCAUGUUCAUUUGGAGAAUAACAUUCUCUUCAAGAGAGUUCUUUCAUCAUUAAAUAUUUAA